AUUUGUUACUUCACGGUAGGUUUGAUAAUGUUUUGAAUUUAGUAUUCUGCACAUAUGGCAAACUAAAAAACACAAGGUAAAGGAGAUGAUUUUCAAUACUUGUAUCUUCACAGCAUUUAUUCUCAUAAAGUUUUCAUCAGCAGACCCGUGCUCAUCUUAUACAUUGCUACGUGACCAGUACAGAAGAUCAAGUGGAUAUAUGCUGCAGCCAGGAGAUAUAAGUAUUAGUGACAACUUCCUAGCUGCAGGAUGGUAUCGAUUUGAUAGUGGUGGUGCAGGAAAUGAUAUGGUGACAUUUGCACCCAACAUAGGUCAAUGUGGAACUGUAUUUCCUAUAUGGAUGCAAGGAAACAUCUCAUCAGAUACUGACGGGGAGGUAACAAGAACAGCUUGUAUUGUGGGACUAGAAAAUACUUGUGGAAAGAAUUUAACAAUUAAGAUGAAGAGCUGUGGACAUUACCGAGUUUACUUUUUGGUGCCGUCUCCUCAGGCUUCGACAGGAUAUUGCAUAGGAGAGGAAAGCAGGUGUCCCGCAGGUCAAACGUCUCAUUCUUUCUUCACUCCUUGUGAGCCCUAUAAUCCCGUUAACACGAAUCCAACAGUAAAUGUAUCGCUAGAAUACAUUGAUCUAAAUAAUACUAGAAGACCUGUAGCGGCCGUGUUCAAGUGUCUUUAUUCAGAGCCCUCUGGGGACCCUCAUUGGUACGACACCUAUUGGUAUAUCAAUAAUGAAGAGGUUAAGGUGGUAGAAUCUCGUCCCUAUCAAGACAACAGGAGUUGGCUCUACCCAAAAGACUGGGUACACAGGCACAGCAUGAACAUGGUGGUCAAGUGUUCAUUGAGGGUUAGAGACGAAAAUGGAGGGGUUCCUGGUCAUUAUAAUCACAGUAAGGAAUUCCGGGCCGGAAUAUUUCCUUCAAAGUAUGCUUAUGAAGUCGUAGAAGGAGAAACAAUUGCCAUCGAAUUCACAGUUACAGUUCCCGUUGGUUGUUUUGACGUUGAUAGGAGAAUACUAUGUGGUGUUGAUGUUUACUUGCAAACUCCAUCAUAUCAAUCUUCUGUAAGUUCGAAUCCAUGCGUUAAUUUCACAGGACAAGGAUCGAUUACCUUCAAGAAAAAUGGAUGCGGGAUGACUAUUACAAGUUCUACCUGGUGGCAAAAACUGAAUUUAAAUGUCACCGGAAAAACAGAUGGGCUAGUCAAUUUCAGAAGAAGGGGGGUUAAUUUAAAACUAGGAACCUUAGGUCCCCUGCUCAGUUCACGACUAUCGGGCCUGUUUACUCCGCUACAAAAU